CGGAUGCUUAGAAAGUGGUAGUGUUGCACUGGUAUUCCAUCAGCUCUAAUACCAAGUGACAUAACCAGUCAGUUACAACUGUCAGAAUCCCAUCUGCACCACCACUUGGAAAGCAAGGACAGAUCCAUGAUUCUAAAGUGCUAACCGGUGCUGCUGAGGAAAGAAGUCUCUGGGUCUAGAUGGGACUAAGCCUGCCACACUGAUAACAGGAGAGCGGCAGGCAAGGAAGGGGACAUCCCACUGGACAGUGUCAAAAGAAGAACAAUGAAGAGAAUAAACGUGGAAGCUUGAGCAGUUCUGUGGCAUCACCAGGGUUAUCAAACUGUUGAAGACACGGAUUUGUCCUCUGUUGACACCAUGAUGGCGGCUGUCAUGAGCUUGGGGAAGAUACCUGAAAAUGGUGUGGUGUCUCCAAACGUUAAAUCCCCACCAAAAUCGCUUACUCCUAAUCGGAUUGGCCGUAGAAACCAGGAAACAAAAGAUGAGAAGUCUUCCUAUACAUGUCCUCUGUGUGAAAAGAUUUGCACUACCCAGCAUCAGCUGACCAUGCAUAUUCGUCAGCACAAUACUGACACUGGAGGGACAGACCAUUCCUGCAGCAUCUGUGGAAAGUCUUUGAGCUCAGCAAGCUCCCUGGAUCGCCACAUGCUUGUGCAUUCAGGUGAAAGGCCUUAUAAAUGUUCGGUGUGCGAUCAGUCCUUCACUACCAAUGGAAACAUGCACAGACACAUGAAAAUCCAUGAGAAGGAUCUGAAUGGCGCUGGGAGUACCACACCUCCCUCCCCCUUGAAACGCAGACGGUUGUCCGCCAAACGAAAACUCAGUCAAGAGCCCGAGACAGACCGGGAGGACCAAAGUCCGGCAAAAAAGGUUGUGGAGGACCCACAAAGCAGCGAACCCGAAAAGAAAACAGAGGAAGAGGUGUAUCGUUGUCCAGUGUGUUGCAAGGAAUUUUCUUGCAAGUAUGGGCUCGAAACCCACAUGGAGGCACACCCAGAUACUUCUCUGAGGUGCGACGUCUGUUGUAUUACCUUUCGCACCCACCGAGGUUUGUUGCGGCAUAAUGCAGUCAUUCAUAAACAACUUCCAAAAGACCCAUCAGGAAAGCCUUUUAUUCAGAACAAUCCCUCGAUUCCAGCAGGCUUCCACGAUUUGGGGUUCACAGACUUCUCUUGUAGAAAAUUUCCUCGUAUCUCUCAGGUCUGGUGUGAAAGCAACCUGCGGAGAUGCACCAGCGAAAUCCACCGGUAUGUCUGUGAGACGUGCAACAAGGCAUUCCCCAUGAUGUCUGCACUCAGACUGCACAUGGAAACCCACACGACGAGUCAGGGCAAAGAGAAGCAGUCGGAGGAUGGAGACCUGAGAGCUUACAUGGCGUCCUUGGGACUGCAGCACACCAAAGACAUCCAGCCUGUCAAGGAGGAGGCGCUGGUGCCAGAUGAGGUCCAAGAAACACAACUAAGAACACUGAAAUGUAACCUACCUCAGGAACCGGGUAGUGCUAAUCCGUUGACCGUGUCCCCUCUUGAGGCUGCUUCCAUAGGAGGGCCUUUUGCGGUCCUUCCCCCUACGAAAGAAAACCUGAAGCUCCUGUCGCUACAGCCUUACCAGAAGAGCUUCAUAAUCCAACCCGACAAUAGCAUCCUGGUCAAGCCCACCUCUGAGCUAGCAGAUAUCCAGCAGAUCUUAAAGAUGGCUUCUUCAGCAACCCCGCAGAUCAGCCUCCCGUCACUUUCUAUGGCAUCCCACGUUGGUGCGCAGUCUGUCUACAAGCAUAUGCCGCCGCUGAAGCCAAAGCCCUUGGUAGCCCCUCGGACAGUCGUGGCAACUUCAACGCCACCUCCGCUGGUCAAUGCGCAGCAGGCGUCUCCCGGAUGCGUCAGUCCAAGCCUUCCUCUGGUGCCACCCAGGCUGGUCAAACCCUCUGAAGAAUCAACGUCAAACUCAUACAGCCAAUCAGGAUCCAAGUCCAGCCCCGCUCCCCAGGCCAGGGCAGAGCCUCUGACUCAGCGUGAAAUGAAAACGCAACUGGAACAAGACAGCAUCAUAGAGGCCCUCCUGCCUUUGACGAUGGAUGGGAAAAUCAAGCAGGAGGUAACUGAGCGAGAUCUCAAAGCGAUUAUCUCCGGGGCGGCGAACAAGAAGUCUUCGCCCGUGAGAAAAGUCUUGUAUCCAUGCCGGUUUUGUGACCAGGUGUUUGCUUUCUCAGGCGUCUUGAGAGCUCACAUCCGCUCCCACCUGGGCAUCUCCCCUUACCAGUGCAACAUCUGUGAGUACAUUGCCGCUGACAAGGCAGCUCUCAUCCGGCACUUGAGGACACACAGCGGGGAGAGGCCGUACAUCUGCAAGAUCUGCCACUACCCUUUCACAGUGAAAGCCAACUGCGAAAGGCACCUGCGCAAGAAGCACCUCAAGGUUACGAGGAAGGAAAUAGAGAAAAACAUAGAGUACGUCACCAGCAACGCGGCGGAGAUGGUGGAUGCCUUCUGUUCCCCAGACUCGGUGUGCAAGUUCUGCGGGGAGGACCUGAAGCAUUACCGGGCCCUCCGCAUUCACAUGAGGACGCACAGCGGCUGCCAGAAGAAGAAACCGUUCGAAUGCAAGGAGUGUGGCACCACCUUCUCGGCCAAGCGGAACUGUGUCCACCAUAUCCUCAAGCAGCACUUGCACAUCCCAGAGAAGGAGGUAGAGAGCUACGUGCUGGUGGUGGACCUCACCCCUUCGGGGAGCCAGCCGGGGACCCUCCUCCCGGAAGACAGCACUUACAUGGACUGCAAGCCGAUCGCACCUUUUAGAGAGCCCCAGAAUGGCUUCUUGGUUGGCGCCCCCUCUCACCCGCCGAUCAAACUUGAAACCGCAAACAGCUUCCCUGUGGAUUUCGACGAACCUUUAGAUUUCUCGCAGAAGAACAAAAACCUGAACUCUGUGCUGGUGAAGCAGGAAAAUUUGCUCAGUUCCUCUCCAUACGAUGGCUCCUUGGAGCCCAUAGACUUGUCAAUCCCCAAAGCUCCAAAAAAGGACAAAGAGGACAACGCCACGAGCCCGGAGAAGAAGCAGGAGCACCUCAGUGGGAAUGAUGAGAAGCUCCAUCACGUUCAGCAGUCUCCUCCCGCGGUGAACGGCAACUCGGAGAACCAGCCUCUCAGACAUUCCCAGCCAUUGAAGGGUCCAUUGCAUUUGACUGUCCCCAUCAUUUCUCCGGCUCUUCUGGGGAACUCUGCUUUGCUGCGCCCCUUGAGGCCCAAGCCCCCGCCUCUCUUGCCAAAACCUCCCAUCACGAAAGAGCUGCCACCCCUCGCUUCCAUUGCACAGAUUAUUUCAUCGGUGUCUUCUGCUCCAGCUUUGCUGAAAACGGAGGUCACAGACUCUGUUCCCAAGGCAGUCGGCAGCUCCGCCGGUCCUGAAAAACCAGGGAGUUCCAAGCCGAAAGUGACAACUGCAACCGCCGUCGAAGCGGAUGCCGGCAUCCCCAGCGACUUGACGCAGAGGGUGUGCAGCCCAGAUAGGCUAACGAAAUCCACCUCUCCCGGGUCCAUGAAGAAAAGAGGCAGGAAGAAAGGCACGAGGAACAAGCCCAAGGCGAGCGGCAGCGUGGACCUGGAGUCGAGCGGAGAGUUUGCUAGCAUAGAGAAGAUGUUGGCCACUACGGAUACCAAUAAGUUCAGCACGUUUCUGCAGUCAACCCGAGACUUCAAAGAAGCAAUUGACCAAAAUGGAACCAGCGAAGAAGAGAGAGAAACGGUGGAGGACAAGGUGCUGCGGGGGAAGAAGAACGCCUACUCUAACUGCAUCCAGAAAAUCAACUGUCCUCAUUGUCCCAGAGUCUUUCCGUGGGCAAGUUCCUUACAACGGCAUAUGCUGACUCACACAGGUCAGAAGCCCUUCCCCUGUCAAAAAUGUGAUGCCUUCUUUUCCACCAAAUCUAACUGUGAACGCCACCUCUUACGCAAACACGGAAUUGCCAGCUACUGUCUAAGAAGAAACGGGCUUAUCCCCCAGUCUAAAGAAAGUGAUGCUGGAGCUCAUGAUAGCACAGACAGUCAGUCAGACCUGGAGAAUGCAAGCGCCGGAAGCGAAGCACUGGACUUGACCUCUGGGGAAAGAGACCACCCAGAGGAGAGCAGUGGGCUUCUCGAACCUGAAGGCAGUCCCAAAGAGGAGAACAAGCUUGACUCGUCCCAAGGAGAGGAAGACGCACAGAUGAAAAUAAGCGAGGAUGAAGAGGGUCCGGAAGAAGACUCCGCCAGCAACAGAAGCCUGGACCUCAAUUUUGCCAGUAAGCUGAUGGACUUCAAGCUGGUGGAGAGCGACCAGAGUGCAGGAAGCGGCAUUCAGACUGAAAAGAGACACGCCUGCGACGUUUGCGGGAAAUCCUUCAAAGUCGCUGGCACGCUCAGCCGGCACAAAAAGGCCCAUGCCCAGGAAGACAGGAAAGAUGAAAAGAGCAGUGAGGACGAAAGCAAGAGUGUCCUGGGUGGAGCCCGAGCUUAUGCUGCGGAGGAGCUUUCUCCCGAGCAGGAAGAGCCCGCGAGCGACAUCAAGGUAGCCGAGUCUCCCACAGACGGCGAGGCUACGGGAAAAGAGAACGAAGAAAGCGAAAGCAUCUCGGAGGGAGAGAGUACGGAGAGGAAAUUUUCUGAAAAGAGUGACGAUGACAGAAAGCCAAAAGCGAACGGAGCGGCGAAGAAUGAGUCCAAGGCCGACAAGAGGAAGAAGGUCUGUACAAUUUGCAACAAGAGAUUUUGGUCUCUGCAAGACCUGACGAGGCACACGCGGUCCCAUACAGGGGAGCGACCUUACACAUGUCAAACCUGCGAACGGACCUUUACUCUGAAGCACAGCUUGGUUCGCCAUCAGCGUAUACAUCAGAAGGUAAAGAAUGCUCAGCAUCAUGGGAAGGAGAGCGACCGAGAGGACAUCCGCUCCAGGGGCGACGAGGACAGCGAAAACGAAUCUCUCCAUAGCAGCACCAACCCCAUCUCCGAAAACGAGUGUGACCUGCUUGUGGGACCCGGUAGCCAUUCACCCCUCACUAGAAGCCGGAAAGAGAGCCUCGCUAGUGCGGCCAAGGAUUUAAUUUGCAAGGACGAGAGGCCGAAUGUUAGAACAACUGUCUCUGGUUUUGCAGAGUCUAGCAAGAACGCACAGAAGCAAGCGGCAAAGGAGCAGGAGUCCCGAGGGAACGGCGACCAGCAGAGCGCGUCGGGAUACAUACAGGAUUUACUGGAGACGCACAACAAAAAACCUUCCAUGAGUCACAUUCUUGCCUCUGCGGAGAGCGCCCCUCAGCUCUUGGGAGUUGAGUGACAGCUAUGGCAUCAACCACACCCCAGCAAACUGAUCCAGCACACAGAAUAAACUUGAUGGAGCAAGGGUUUUUUCCUCCCCCUAAUCCCUCAAUGCUGAGUCAACCUGUAGUUGCGAUGCAGAGUGUUGUGGGGGGGAGGGUGACAGUCUGGAUUCAGUGCCAUAAGCCUUUCAGUAUAAAUAAUGCAAAAGACUACAGUUAUAUACUGAU